CUUGAAGCACGCUCGUCGUGGUUUCUUCGUAGUUCAUUUUGAUAAAGUAUUGUCUAGCAUGCAUUUAACACAUGACUUAGAGCUUUUCCCCGAUCACAGGGUGACCCAGUUGCUUUUUAAAGACGUAAAAAAUGCGGCUGAGCUGAGACAGUGUGCUAUGAAAGGUGAAGUAAACGGAGCCUUGAUCAACCCGACGAUGCUAGUGAAUCCUUUCCAGGUGCUAGUAGCUGCCAACAAGGCUGUUCACCUACAGACAAUUGGAAAAAUGAAGACCAGAAGUUUAUACUCAGAAAUCAUCUUCAACUUGUCACCUACUAAUAAGAUCUCAGAGGCUUUUAAAAGGUUUGGGAUCUCUGAUGGUGAUGAGUCAGUCAUGGUGGUCCUGGUUCACAACAAAGAUGAGCCACAGCCUUUGUCGGAUAUCAUAGCCAGGGUGAAAGGACAGCAGGUGGCGGUGGAAGAUGUUUCCUCUCUGUCAAACAACACCAAAAUCCAAAAGCUGUAUAAGGUGACUCCCCAGGAGGAAAGGUGUGGGACUCUGCUGGAUGCCGUUGUAUGCAGAAUGGCCACCAAGGAUGUCGUUUAGCUACAACAGGAAAAGGGACCAAAACACGGCGAAAAUAUGCCUUGAUUUUUUUUUACCUAAACAUUGAUCUUCUGUUUUCAAUUAAUCCACCACACAUUUUGUAAAGUUCCAAAAUUCAAAACAUUAAAAAAAAGAAAAAGUCAUACUUGAUGUAUCGCUGCUCAUGCUCACAGCUGAAAGAAAAUAAAUCUUAUUUUUCAUACAUC